AUGCCCAAAAGCUGGCUGCCAAAAGGGGAACCUGAACCUUGGGAACUGGGAUACAAAGAUGUCCUCGAAGCGAGAGCGUUAUUGAAGGCGCAAGGCCUUCCCAUGGAACUAGCACUGGAUAUACUUGACUACGCAGAGUACUGGCCGACACGACAAUUUUCGACCGAGGAAGGGAAAACGGUUAAAGUCGCUGCAACAAUGUUCCGUUCGGGCUCAGCAGGCCUCUGCCUCGAUGCCGAUGUUUUCAACGACCCAGCUGUCAACAGCCUACGCGAGGGCAAAGAGAGACUUAGAAUUAAGGCUAUCAGAUUUCGUAUCCAGAGUCGUGAUCAAGGUUGGACCUCCGAGCCGACACAAGGGACAUUCAACACAUCCUCUUGGUUGGAAACAUCCAUCUUACGUGGCGUAGAAGACUCCAACACUGAGCUGCCUCCUUCGUGCUGGGUGGAUAGCGAUUUCGAAUCGCCACAAUCAUUUCAAGAACAUAUCACUCCGCGUGGGUGGCAGCUCGUCAAACGCCCAGAAUAUGCCGAACAAGGGCCUCAAGGAGGCGAGGGGGACCUUGCCUGGUAUCUGCAGGGCAAUCGCGUUGCUGUGCAGGGCCGCACUGAAGAGUACGAAGUUCUGUGGUCUCCUAUCGACUUCGAAGGGAAUGAGGGCUCUGGACGAGGCGAAGAAUAUGUGAGCGAGCUAAAGGAGGGUGAUCGCGUGCUGGUAUGGGCUAGAGCAAAGUGGCCUGGCUGGCAAUGCAUCGUCGAAAAGGUUGACAUCACUGUAUAUUACGGCUUCUCCUGA